GGAUACUCUUGGGCUGGGCUUCUAUGUUGCCUGGUCCACAAAGCAUUUCCACUCAAAUUUUUCUAUUUCCGGUUACUACAGAAAUGGAUUCGAUUUAUUUAUGACUUACGAGGGUCCAAUUUCCAGAGCCUAAUUUUUCGAUUGGUGUAGGAGAAGACAGAAGAAGGAUCUGGAAUGUCAUUUCUGUGGGAGAAGAGCUCCACAUGGCGGUGGCUAGUGGCGAAGACGAGGGACUCCAAGCCCUUCUUCCUGACCUUCGCCACCGUGUGCGGUGUCGUGCCGGGGGUCAUCGGCUAUUGCGUUAUGCAGGUCACCAAUUCUGGAAACCCUGAGCUCGAAGCCAAGCUCCGCCAGUCGGCCCGCCCCGAAACCCUGAUGAUGGGCAAAGUUAAUCAAGAGCGGCUGGCGGAGUUUCUUGGGGAACUGAAGAGGAAGGAGGACACUAAUGACAGAUAUGUGGCGGCUUUAAGAGGCGAGACACUCACGAGAAACCCGUAUGUGAGGAUUCAGCCAGUUCCAGGUUCAAGUGCCUCUGAUGUUAAGAAGUAACAAAAGUAGACUGAAAGGUAUCUUUCUUUGGUUAUUGAUGCAUUGUGGAUAUUAAGACACAUCGAAUGGUCUUUUUUGUUGGUUUGGAUUUCUUCAUUCUCCCACCUUGUAAUUUUAUCAACUGGGGAAUUUGGAUCUUUUGAUGUUAGUCCAGCUAUGUCAGGGUUGCCUCUGAAUAAAAUUAAAUUAUUGUGGAUGCAAAUGUAUGAGAACCUACAAUUAACUGGGAUUGUUUUGCAAAUGCAUGAUGCAUCAGAUUUGGAGAUCAAGUACAUCUUUGGGUAUAUUCAGGGUUUCUUGAAUGUUUGACAGCAAUUUCAAGCCAUUUGUGUGCUCCACAUAAUUUUCAUUCUCAUUUUACACUCAUAACACGUAUUAAUAAAAACUAUUAUGAAUUGAAAUUAAG